UAUUUACCCUUAAGUGAAAUAAGUUAAAUAGAAAAUUGCAAAUUUGAAAACCCUGAAUUGUACUGCAAAUAAAAUGCUGACUUCCAUUGCAGUUUCUUAUGGAGCCGAAAUUUUGCAGCACCUCGAAUACUAGACAGGAAUAAUCGACAAAAGAUAAUCCCAAGAUUAUUCUUCUGGAAGUCCUGAAAUUUAGUCUGCUAUGCGAGCCAUGCAAUGACAUGAGAGUUUCUCAUUCAUUUAUAUGUUAAUCGAGCAUCUCUAAAAUUUGAAGGGAAGGGAAUGGCUAAUGCAUUGACCACCGUGUUCCAUAGGUUUCGUUGUGUAAAGAGCUCAACACUGACACAAACUACAUCAUUAUUGUUCACCCCCAAACUGAGUAAUCAUAGUCUAUCUAGACGGUGUUUAAGGUCCUAUGGGUAUAACGCAAGUAAUGGUGGGCUGCAUGCCCGAGAGGUGAAAUGGAGGAAUUUCAGAUAUUUGGGUAAUAAGAGCACGGGAGGCCCUUUUAAACUCCAAGUUAGAGCCGUAGAGGGUGGUGGGUAUAGGGGUGCAGGUGGCUUUAGUGGAGGAGGCGGUGGUGGUGGAGAUGGAGGAGGAGGAGAUGGGAUGAAUAAUGAUGACGGUAGUGUUAAAAAGACAAAUUCAUUUCUUUCCUGGUAUAUGAUGUUACUAGAGAAAUAUCCUGUAGUGACAAAGGCUGUCACAUCCGCCCUGCUGACCUUUUUUGGAGAUUUGUUCUGCCAGUUUGUGAUAGAAAAGACUCCCGAACUUGAUGGGAAGCGGAUUUUUAUGUUCACUCUACUUGGCCUUGUUUUAGUUGGCCCCACAUUACAUUUUUGGUAUCUCUCACUAAGUAAACUGGUAUCAGGAACCGGAGCUUCUAGUGCAGGCUUGAGGCUUUUGCUUGAUCAGUUCUUGUUUGCGCCUACCUUUAUUGGCAUUUUUUUCUGUUCGUUGCUGACCUUGGAGGGCCGCACAUCAGACAUACUACCGAAGCUCAAACAAGAAUGGUUUGCUGCAGUGGUGGCAAACUGGAAACUGUGGAUUCCUUUUCAGUUCCUGAAUUUCCUGGUUGUUCCACAACAAUUUCAGGUUCUUGCAGCCAAUUUUAUUGCUCUUGCUUGGAAUAUAUACCUUUCAUUUGCAAGCCAUAAAAAUGUGCCUUCUACAUCUGGUUCAUGAUUUUGCAAGUUGGAUGCAUGUUCCUAAGAGCAAUUCUCGAAUCAUUCAGUUAAGAUACAGAAAUUCACAACAUGUUGCAAGAUCUUAGAAGUGCAUUGAUGUUUAUAUAUUUUCUCCAAUUAAAAUCUCUGUAAGCUUAUUAUAAUCCCAUGCCUACAUCAUCCUUAUUAGUUAUUUAUCAUGCAACAAACAAUUUUGAAAGUGUUGUAAUGCAAUUGCUUUACAUAAUUAGUGCCUUGAUUUUGUUUGUAUCAUGCAGAAUAAGAUUUCUUUCCCUAUA